UCCUUUCGAUUCCAUUAGUAAUGAGGAUUCGGAAUAUCACUAUCACACAUUGAUCAAUCAAAGAGAGAUUCAACAACUAAAAGAAAGAUCGAUUCUUUGGGAUCCUUCCUUUAUUCAAACGGAAGGAAGAGAGAUAGAAUCAGACCGAUUCCCUAAAUACCUUUCUGGAUAUUCCUCAAUGCCCCGGCUAUUCACGGAACGUGAAAAGCGAAUGAAUAAUCAUCUGCUUCCGGAAGAAAGCGAAGAAUUUUUUUGGAAUUCUACAAGAGCCAUUCGUUCUUUUUUCUCUGACAGAUGGUCAGAACUUCAUCUGGGUUCGAAUCCUACUGAGAGGUCCACUAGGGAUCAGAAAUUGUUGAAGAAAGAACAAGAUGUUUCUUUUGUCCCUUCCAGGCGAUCGGAAAAUAAAGAAAUAGUUAAUAUAUUCAAGAUAAUUACGUAUUUACAAAAUACCGUCUCAAUUCAUCCUAUUUCAUCAGAUCUGGGAUGUGAUACGGUUCCGAAGGAUGAACUGGAUAUGGACAGUUCCAAUAAGAUUUCAUUCUUGAACAAAAAUCCAUUUUUUUAUUUAUUUCAUCUAUUCCAUGAACGGAAGAGGGGGGGAUACACGUUACGCCACGAUUUUGAGUCAGAAGAGAGAUUUCAAGAAAUGGCAGAUCUAUUCACUCUAUCAAUAACCGAGCCGGAUCUGGUGUAUCAUAAGGGAUUUGCCUUUUCUAUUGAUUCCUACGGAUUGGAUCAAAGACAAUUCUUGAAGGAGGUUUUCAACUCCAGGGAUGAAUUGAAAAAGAAAUCUUUAUUGGUUCUACCUCCUAUUUUUUAUGAAGAAAAUGAAUCUUUUUAUCGAAGGAUCAGAAAAAAUUGGGUCCGGAUCUCCUGCGGGAAUUUUUUUGAAGAUCCAAAACCAAAAAGAGUGGUAUUUGCUAGCAACAACAUAAUGGAGGCAGUCAAUCAAUAUAGAUUGAUCCGAAAUCUGAUUCAAAUCCAAUUCCAAUAUAGUCCCUAUGGGUACAUAAGAAAUGUAUUGAAUCGAUUCUUUUUAAUGAAGAGACCUGAUCGCAACUUCGAAUAUGGAAUUCAAAGGGAUCUAAUAGGAAAUGAUACUCUGAAUCAUAGAACUAUAAUGAAAGAUACGAUCAACCAACAUUUAUCGAAUUUGAAAAAGAGUCAGAAGAAAUGGUUCGAUCCUCUUAUUUUUCUUUCUCGAACCGAGAGAUCCAUAAAUCGGGAUCCUAAUGCAUAUAGAUACAAAUGGUCCAAUGGGAGCAAGAAUUUCCAGGAGCAUUUGAAACAUUUCGUUUCUGAGCGGAAGAGCCGUUUUCAAGUAGUGUUCGAUCGAUUAUGUAUUAAUCAAUAUUCGAUUGAUUGGUCUGAGGUUAUUGAUAAAAAAGAUUUGUCUAAGUCACUUCGUUUCUUUUUGUCCAAGUUACUUCGUUUUUUGUCCAAGUUACUUCUCUUUUUGUCUAACUCACUUCCUUUUUUCUUUGUGAGUUUCGAGAAUAUCCCCAUUCAUAGGUCUGAGAUCCACAUCUAUGAAUUGAAAGGUCCGAACGAUCAAC